AACCUACCAGGGUAGUGAGGAAGGGGAACAGCUACCCUGUUGCAGGAUUAGCUCCAAAAGAAACUUUUGAGUGAGAAAGUUUGUGUUUGUGAAGCACUCGGGGAUGACCUGAGUUGCUAAGGUGGGCCUUUGUGCAGCGUUUGCAUCUUCUGAACUUCUGUCCCGACGUCCUGCAUUGAUAACGGUUUUUUUUAGUGAUAGUUCUGCAGGCGUUUUUUUCAUGCAGUGUGACUCCAAUCCAUCACUCGCGGCCACACGACACAGUCAGGUCGUAAUACACGCAAAUACCGCUUAGCUUCAAGAUCGCUCUGCCUGGUUUCAAAGCUAUGAAAGAAGUAAGCUGCUAUUCCCUCAGAGCCUUCAAUGAGCUGGAAAACAGAAGCAUUAACUCAGAGGAAAACAGAAACCACUGGAUGAUCUGUUAGUCUGUGAAGACCCAGCUGCCAUCAUUAUGUCAGCAGACCCUCCACAAGUUAUCAAUCCUCCGCCUCCUGAGGUAACGAACCCUGACACACCAGGACGACGGACCAACCAGCUGAAGUUCAUGCAGAAUGUUGUGAUCAAAUCCCUUUGGAAGCACCACUACUCCUGGCCGUUUUACCACCCAGUUAAUGCAGUCGCCCUUGGACUACCAGAUUAUCACACCAUAAUCACCUCUCCCAUGGAUAUGGGGACCAUCAAGAAAAGGCUGGAGAACAACUACUAUCUGAGUGCAAGUGAAUGUAUGCAAGACUUCAACACCAUGUUCACCAACUGUUACAUCUACAACAAGCCUACAGAUGACAUCGUGCUGAUGGCCCUCGCCUUGGAGAAGGUUUUCUUGCAGAAAGUUGCCAUGAUGCCACAGCGGGAAGUGGAGAUUCUUCCUCAUGUUGGCAAAGUGAAGGGCAGAAAAAAUAGCUCUCCAGGUGGACAGAACGAAGCUGUAACCACAUGUUCCUCAUCUACCACACACAUUUCUCAACCGAAUCUCAGCAACAUACCCGGACCUCCACAGACCAUCACAAAAGUGCCAGUGAAGAAGACGGGGGUGAAACGGAAAAGAAGCACAUCUGACUUGUCCCCUCAGAAGGACUCAGAAGGACAGAAGCUGCCACAGGAGGGCUCACAGCUCAAGUACUGCGAUGUUAUCCUGAAGGAGCUGCUGUCGAAGAAACACGAAGCCUACGCCUGGCCUUUCUACAAACCUGUGGACGCUGAAGCUCUGCAGCUAAACGAUUACCAUGAAAUCAUCAAAUACCCCAUGGACCUCGGCACUGUUAAAGAUAAGAUGAACAGAGAACAAUACCAAGAUGCACAAAGCUUUGCUGCAGAUGUAAGGUUGAUUUUUUCAAACUGCUACAAAUACAACCCUCCACACCAGGAAGUGGUUACUAUGGCCAGGAAACUUCAGCGUGUGUUCGAGAAAAGGUUUGCGAAGUUGCCAGAAGAGCCGAUAGAGAUGAAUUCACAGGUAAAAGGAGCAGGUCUCAGUGUCAACACAAGCGGCAACAGCUUCUCUGACUUGGACAAAUCGGACCAGGAAGAGGAGAGGAAUGCACGGAUUGCUGAGUUGCAAAAGCAGCUUAAAGCUGCUCAUGAACAGCUAGCAGCCCUCUCUGAAGACCCUGCGACCAAACAAAAGAAGGGACACGAAAAAGACAAGGAGGAAGACGGCAGAGGGAAUGAAGGGGAUGCAAAUAGUUCCAGGCCUGUGUGGAAGAGCAGUAAGGACUGGGAUUCAGACGAUGAUUGUUUGCCGCUGACGUACGACGAGAAGCACCAGCUGAGCCUGGACAUUAAUCGGUUGCCUGGCGUGCAGCUGGGCCGCGUGGUCAAGAUCAUCCAGACACUAGAGCCCUCAAUGGGUGACGCCAACCCAGAGGAGAUUGAGAUUGACUUUGAGAUACUGAGGCCGUCCACUGUGCGUGAGCUGCAGCAAUACGUGAGGGCUUGUCUGCUCAAGAGGUUUAAGAAAUCCCAAAAGAAAAGCAGUCAAGAAGUGUCUUUUAACACUGGCUGCAGCGGUUCCUCGAGUUCUUCAAGAAGCAGCCUCGGUGACUCCAGCUCAGAAGACAGUGAUUUCUGAUAUACACAGCGUAUUUAUUUAUUUUUGUCCUAAAAAAGAAAUAUGUUCAAAGCAUUUAUUUUUUUAUUUGUUGUACGUUUAAUGUGAAGGAUUAAACGCCUCUUAUGCUGCUUCUGUA